AUGCUGUACAGCACUAUUUUAACUUUCAUCUCUUACAUGCUGUACAGAACUAUUUCGACUUUCAUCUCUUACAUGCUGUACAGAACUAUUUUAACUUUCAUCUCUUACAUGCUGUACAGCACUAUUUUAACUUUCAUCUCUUACAUGCUGUACAGAACUAUUUUGACUUUCAUCUCUUACAUGCUGUACAGAACUAUUUUGACUUUCAUCUCUUACAUGCUGUACAGCACUAUUUUGACUUUCAUCUCUUACAUGCUGUACAGAACUAUUUUGACUUUCAUCUCUUACAUGCUGUACAGAACUAUUUUAACUUUCAUCUCUUACAUGCUGUACAGCACUAUUUUAACUUUCAUCUCUUACAUGCUGUACAGAACUAUUUUGACUUUCAUCUCUUACAUGCUGUACAGAACUAUUUUGACUUUCAUCUCUUACAUGCUGUACAGCACUAUUUUGACUUUCAUCUCUUACAUGCUGUACAGAACUAUUUUGACUUUCAUCUCUUACAUGCUGUACAGAACUAUUUUGACUUUCAUCUCUUACAUGCUGUACAGCACUAUUUUAACUUUCAUCUCUUACAUGCUGUACAGCACUAUUUUAACUUUCAUCUCUUACAUGCUGUACAGAACUAUUUUGACUUUCAUCUCUUACAUGCUGUACAGAACUAUUUUGACUUUCAUCUCUUACAUGCUGUACAGCACUAUUUUGACUUUCAUCUCUUACAUGCUGUACAGCACUAUUUUGACUUUCAUCUCUUACAUGCUGUACAGAACUAUUUUGACUUUCAUCUCUUACAUGCUGUACAGCACUAUUUUAACUUUCAUCUCUCACAUGCUGUACAGCACUAUUUUGACUUUCAUCUCUUACAUGCUGUACAGAACUAUUUUGACUUUCAUCUCUUACAUGCUGUACAGAACUAUUUUGACUUUCAUCUCUUACAUGCUGUACAGAACUAUUUUGACCUUCAUCUCUUACAUGCUGUACAGAACUAUUUUAACUUUCAUCUCUUACAUGCUGUACAGAACUAUUUUGACUUUCAUCUCUUACAUGCUGUACAGAACUAUUUUGACUUUCAUCUCUUACAUGCUGUACAGAACUAUUUUGACCUUCAUCUCUUACAUGCUGUACAGCACUAUUUUGACUUUCAUCUCUUACAUGCUGUACAGCACUAUUUUGACUUUCAUCUCUUACAUGCUGUACAGCACUAUUUUGACUUUCAUCUCUUACAUGCUGUACAGAACUAUUUUGACUUUCAUCUCUUACAUGCUGUACAGAACUAUUUUGACUUUCAUCUCUUACAUGCUGUACAGAACUAUUUUGACUUUCAUCUCUUACAUGCUGUACAGAACUAUUUUGACUUUCAUCUCUUACAUGCUGUACAGAACUAUUUUGACCUUCAUCUCUUACAUGCUGUACAGAACUAUUUUGACUUUCAUCUCUUACAUGCUGUACAGAACUAUUUUGACUUUCAUCUCUUACAUGCUGUACAGAACUAUUUUGACUUUCAUCUCUUACAUGCUGUACAGAACUAUUUUAACUUUCAUCUCUUACAUGCUGUACAGAACUAUUUUAACUUUCAUCUCUUACAUGCUGUACAGAACUAUUUUAACUUUCAUCUCUUACAUGCUGUACAGAACUAUUUUGACCUUCAUCUCUUACAUGCUGUACAGAACUAUUUUGACCUUCAUCUCUUACAUGCUGUACAGAACUAUUCGACUUUCAUCUCUAAGCUACAAAACGUCAUUUAUCAUUUAUUAG